AUGGCCGUCGCUGAAUCAAUUCUAGGCAGCAAUGGCUGCCAUUUUCCGCCCGAGGAGUACCAGGUACGAUCCAUACUCUUCGAGGCCCAAGGCCGGUUGGACAUGGUCGAGACGAAAUUAGAGGCUCUCCAGACAGUUGAUACUCUGUACCAUCAAGAGACUCUCUUGAAGUCGCGUAUCAAGAAGCACAAGGUGUUCCUCGCUCCCAUUAGAAAAGUCCCCGCGGAACUCGUUGCUGAAAUUAUCAUGCUCGCCGCCGCGGAAGUUACCCCCGCCAUGUGCCAGGGAGACCGCGCUCCUUUUGCAACCGCUCUGGACACGUUUGUACCUAUCUUCUGGACAAAAGUACGGAAGCGAGCUCCUAGGGACAUGGCUGGACCGUUCCGGGAAGCGUGGCUUGCCCGACCUACUCUUGGCCGCCAUCACCUCGUCCAACUGUUGGUUGCCCAUUCUCGCCGAUGGCACACUAUGCAUUUGUAUACCAACGAUGGCACCUUGAAUAUUUCAAGGAACCUGACGAAUAUUUUCGCAGAUGCACCUCUGCUCCGUUCCUUCCAUAUCGCCAGCCAGGAGUUUGGGAGGACCGCUCCCAUCUUCCAAAUACCCUGGAAUCAGCUCAGUGCAUACUCCGUUGAUGAUGCGGGUAUCCAUGAUUGUGGAAUAUACCCGAUGUACCAGGCAAUCGAAGAUUUUACGGCUCGGUCUUCAAGCAAUCUCAAUCACUUCACUCUAUGCGAGCGGAACAGACAAGAUACAGCCAUUCCAGCAUCCGACAUUGUUCCCAUAUUUCAAGUGUUGCUUAAUAUCAUCAGCCUGACACGUAAUUUUGUUUGGAACGACGAUUUCUUUCCUCCAUUGACCAUAUCUUCAAACCAGUCGAUACUCCUUCCAAAGGUGCAAAAUCUCCAUCUUGAAUUGCUAUUCUCCCAUCUACAACCCAGUACACGAUCGCGUCCUGAGUGCCUUCUUGACAUGAUUGAGUCGAAAAGCCUUGUCCCCGGUGAUGUCGUCAGGCUCCGUGCGGUGCUCUUGAAAUUGAAUCAGUCCCUGUUUAAAGCCUAUGGUUCUGAUAACUCAGACGACGAAGAGCAGAUGAUGAUCUAUCGCGUAAACAUGCUCAGGGAGGCUGGGAUGAAGAUAGAAAUUGCAUAGAGCCUGUCUGCAGUGUUGAAUGUUACAUACUAUAUUUGGG